UCCAAACCUGAUAGCAGUGUAUUCUACUACAGAUUGAAACUGCUAAGAUAUUAGGACUGUUAACAGUUUUUUAAUCUUAUCGGAUGCAUUCAGGAACUCAUGGCAGGUGAGGGAAGCUGGACUUGGCCCUGUUGCCAAGACACUCACCUUAGCCUGCGUCAAUGAUUAAUUCAGUGACUAAUGAUGAGAAAGGAGGAAGUCAUUGGCUGGGGAGUGGUACCUGUCCCAGUGAGAAGAAAAUGGCGCGUGACCCAAACUGCUCCCUUAUCAGCGAUCAGUUGCCUCUCUCAUCCGAGAUCUUCCAAGUUAUGAAGGCUCAGAUCUGGAUUUUCUUAAUCCCAGUAUUCCUGGGUCUUGUGCAAGUUGGCCUAUUUCUGGAACAAACAGGCUUCUUCUUACGACAUGGCAAGAGUUCCCAUCGCACCAGUGUUUUGCUUUGGAUCCUGGGAGUUUAUCCGGUAUUCAACCUCACCUCCCUCAUCUGUUUGUACAUCCCUCGGGCUUCCUUUGUCUGUAACUUUGUGGCUUCUAUCUACCACUCCAUCACCCUUUGGAAGUUCCUUGCAUUGAUCCGGGACUUCUUUGGUGGCUCAGAACGCAUGGUACAGCAACUGGGUGGAAAGCAGGUUUCUCCGAAUCCUUUCCCGUGCUGCUGCUGCUGUUGCCUCCCUGAGAUUCCUGCCAACCGAACAAACUUGCGAUGUAUGACUGCGGCAGUGUAUCAGCUCUCCCUCAUCCGGACCAUCCUCUUCUUCAUCACCCUUAUCCUCUGGACGGACGAUGAAUACGACUACGGUGCUGUGGGCUACACCAAUCCCAAUUCCUACAUCAAUGUCAUUAUAGCCAUCUCCACCUUCCUCUCCUUCUAUGGCUAUUUGCUCUUUUACAAGGCCACCAAGCCAGCCCUUGACGGCUACCACCUCCGCUACAAGUUUGUCUGCAUCAUUCUGGUUCUUGUCGUUUGCGGGCUGCAGAGUGGAGUUGUGGAAACAAUGGGAGCCUUAGGUGCCAUUCCUUGCAGCCCAUCUCUCUCACCUGUUACCCGUUCCCAAAUGAUCUACUACUAUGCUUUGGCCAUUGAGAUGUUCUUUAUUGGCAUAUUUGCUCAUUAUUCUUUCCGAAGAAUUGAACCCUCCAUGGAAGCUGAGCAGGUCAUUCACCAUCAAGCCUCCCAGCCUCAGGAGGGCCCAUCUGGUCGUUGCAGCCCCGCUGAUGGUGUAUCUAUGGAGGGAACAAACCCUGGUUACCUCUGUGAUGAGGCUUUUUGUACAAUUGAACAUUCUCCCCUGGGCCACUUUGAUUUCAUUGUCAAGGAGCCUGUGAACAGACAACAGCAAAGCUGGGGACCUGGUUGCCCGAGAGGGGGAGCCCUGAGGACAGAGGGACUUAAGUUAAGCCUACAACAAACUGGAAUUGAAGCAUCAAGUGAAAUCCAAGUCCAAUCCCAUGUUAAGAAAAUGGAAGCAAAUGGAGCCUCUGCUGUAUAGCCGCCAUCUUUAAAGGACAGAGACACAGCGAGAGCUGAAUCCUGAAGAAUGCAUAAUGUCAAGGCAUCCAGACUGGCGUGGAGGGAUACUGAACUUCAGGUAUGACCAGGCAAGACCUGUGUGCAGAUAUGCCCAGAAAUAUAAUUUUGUGGGAGAUUUCAGUGCUUCUGUAUUAGGUGGAGAGCCUUUGUUCUAGCCGUGGCUAAACUGCUUCAGGGUGGAUUGUGAAGACCUGUUGAGAAAACAGAGCCAUUGUUCUGAUCCUCUGUAACAACCCUGUAUAUUUCUCCUCUUCCUCUUUCCAGAAGCCUAAUUUACUUUCUUGUGAAGAACUUUUCCGGUGGCGCAGGAAAUUAGGGUGAACGCCCCUACCCCUUGUUCAACAUUACAACUGUUUGCAGUACUCACUAAGCUAAAAUAUGAUUGGCUACUUUAUGGCGUCAUGCAUCGUACAAACCCAGACACUAUAAUUAGAUUAGGAUUCAGCACACUGAGAAAAUCUAGAAACUUGGAUUCAACUUUAUAAUUUCAUGUGUGCUUUCUUUAAGAGAAAAAAACUGGCAAACAGUCCAUUGUCCAUGUAAUGAAACCGGAAAAACGUAAAACAGGCUGAACAGAGAAAUUAGGAACAUCUGAUCAAUUCAUGAAGAAUGUUGCUGGUUAAAGGUCAUAGGCCCCUCUGAAUAUUUUCCUGGAACCUGUUAAGUUACUUAAUCUAAGAAAGUGCCGUUUGUAGCUAUACAAAAAUUUCAGGAGGGGGAUAGGGAAAGGAGAAAUGUAGGCAGUUAUGUACUGAAGAAAACACUGAAGAAAUGAUAAAAUUGUAUUAAAAUAAAUGAUGCAAUAUAAGAACAGAGGAAUUUCCUGGGCUUUUUGAGCAAUAAAAUAGUAAAAGGUGU